AUGCACAAUCCUGGGUAUGUUGAAUCCGAUCCUGAAAUGAUACGUUACAAAGACUACUCCAUGCUAAUCCACCAGAAAAAAUUACAAGCUAUUAAAGAAAAAGGAUCGCACCUAAUAGACGGCUCAUCCCCAGACAGUUAUACAAAGUCUCCAACUUACAAAUCCAAAAGGCCACAGAUAGUCACUACAAAUAAAAUGAAAGAAAUCGCAAUUUCAAAAGAAAACCAAAUGCUUUUAGACAAACUGACAAAAAUAUCUCGCAAGAAAUAUGUAAGAUUUAAACAGUCUCAUAUAACUUCCUACAUGUUUUGGCCGAAAAGCAUGAACGGCGUUAUGAGGAAAAAAGAAGCACAAAAAAUCGCAUAUGAGAAUUUGAGGAUUGCUAAAAGAAUUGAAGAAAAAUCGCCUUAUCUUGAAAAAAAAGCUAUGGAUAAGGGCUGGGAAGAAAAUAAAAAAUAUAGGUGUCAGCUAGUGAAAUUUCAAGGGAAAAAAACUAAGACAAGCAAGCUGCCACCUAUAGAGAGGACUCUUUCACAGAGCCCGACUUUUGAAAGACUUAGCCCUAUAAAUGGCUGCGCAAAUGAAAGCUUAGCGACUAUUUCGAAGUCUGUAUCGCCUUAUCUGAAAGAAUAUGAGUCAUAUAAGAAAAAUACACUGAAAAGAUUUAAAGGAUUUGAGACUUCCCGAAGCCAAAUUACAAAACCGAAAGCUAUAAAAUCGCUGAGUCCUAGCCCAGAGCUGAAUUAUUCAAUGGCAAUCCCGUUUGAGCCGUAUUUAUUUAACAAAAAGCAUGAUCCUGAUAUGUCUAUGCUGUAA